AAAAAUUGACGACCAUCAUGAAACCGUUGGGUAGUUAUUCUGACCAUUUCCCGAGCAACCAAAUUUGGGUCAGACACCCUCUUGUGUCCAUAUAUAAAAAGGCUGAUGAAGAUGAGAGGAGGAAGGAAAAGAGACAAGGUUUCUCUUCUCUGCAUUUUGGCUGUUCUCCCCUGUCCGCCAUCACCUGCAGCUCCAAUGGCUUCUUCCACCACAAGCAGAUGGUUGAAGCCUGAGGUAUAUCCACUCUUUGCUGCGGUUGGUGUUGCUGUUGGUAUCUGUGGCAUGCAGCUUGUACGUAACAUCACCACCAAUCCUGAAGUGAGGGUUACCAAACAGAACAGAGCUGCAGGAGUGCUUGAUAAUUUUGCAGAGGGAGAGAAAUAUGCAGAGCAUGGCCUCCGAAAAUUUAUCCGCAACAAAUCCCCUGAGAUCAUGCCCUCUGUUAACAAGUUCUUUUCAAAUCCAAACUGAGAGAACAUUUUGGAAAGCUCAGAAAUAAUAAUGUUUUAAUUUAAUCAUGUUGUUGCAUUGGAGUAGAACUUGUUUUGUUGAUAGGGCAAUUAUGCCUGCAACUGGAGUUCUGUAUGAUCUCUAUAACGUUUGUCGGGUAGAGUUGUCGUUGGAGUUGUCUCUUUUCUGGAUCAAGUUUUAUUAUGACAUAUAAUUAACUUUGAGUAUUUAUAUGUCCCCAUUCGUUGCUUUUGGUUACUAUUUGUUUGAGAUUUAUAUCUCAUUGGAAAUUAUAUUUCUUU